CUAAAAUGCACUGCAGUAAAAAUGAGUGUUCCAAGCAAAACAUCCAUAACUUUAUCAAAUUUGGUUAUUGAAGGCCUCAGCCACUUGGGAACGACUAUACCGUUAGAUACCACAAAAAAGAUUAUUUCCAAUAGUGUUAAACUAACUUUACAUCCUGAAGCCACUAUACCACCAGUACCGGAAAUAUAUGCCACAAAUAGUAGCAAGGCAAAACAAAGUGAAUAUGCCAUUGUCACUCUAUACAGUUUAGCUAUAAAACACAGUCUAGAUGUUAUGGCCGUUCGACAACUGAUGGAAGAACAACAUUUAAAUACGGCAGUAAUUGAAGAAUUAACACGUACGUAUGAGGAGCAACGGAAACAAUUGUUUUUACGCCAACUGCAGGUGGGUCACUCAUUUCCUCAUAUAACAGAUGUACAAUGGCGUAUAGUGGCCGACGUUAAGUCAUCUACCUCAGAUCAUAGCAGCAAAGAGGUGGGAUUUCACAUCAAUCUGGGACGUUACAAACAAAAGGGCGGCGAAAGAGAAACCAUUGUUGAGUUUGUAUGCAAUACCGAGGAGUUGCAAUUAUUAAUAAAUAAACUUAAGGAAAUAGAACGUCACUGUGGUAAAGAAACUUUGGAAUAAUAAAACACACAUUAAUUAAAUAGUAAUUUA